CGCGGGACGAGGGGAGGGCCCACGGGCGGGCUGAUGCUCUCUCCCCACCCAGUCUCUCGCAUCAGUGUGGCAGUCCUUCUACCUGCUGCGGACACAGACAGGCAGGCAGGCAGUCACCGGAGAACGUGGAGUUAUCCCAGCAGCCAGAGCCCAGGGGCGGCUGGUGGGAGGAGGCAGAGAGUCCGCAGCAACACACAGCUUCUUUGACAGCCGCCAGAGAGAAAGGAGUCUCCCGCACCAACACAUGUCUACGGAGCCGUCUUUAGAGCGGGACCUGGACGGGUUAGGAAAGCAGGCGACAGACGGACACACCAGACUGACAGACAUCAGCGGGGGCACAGAGGGCGGCAGCAUGGCGUCCAUACCGGAGUACUACGCCAGCAAGAACGUGCUGAUCACGGGAGCCACGGGCUUCAUGGGAAAAGUGCUGGUGGAGAAGCUGCUGAGGGCAUGCCCUGAGGUCAAAGCCCUGUACCUGCUGGUCAGACCCAAAGCCGGACAGUCCAUGGAGGAGAGGGUCAGCGACAUGAUGACCUGCAAGCUUUUUGACCGAGUGCGUGAAGAUAACCCCGACUUCCACCAGAAGAUCAUCCCCAUCAGCAGCGAGCUGACGCAGCCCGGCCUCGCCAUCAGCCCAGAGGACGUGGAGACGCUCUCCGCCUGCAUCAAUGUCGUCUUCCACUGCGCUGCCACCAUCCGCUUUGACGAGCCGCUCAAACACGCCCUGCAGCUGAACGUGAUCGCCACACAGCAGCUCCUCGGCCUGGCCAAGCAGAUGCACCACCUCGAGGCCUUCGUUCACAUCUCCACCGCCUAUGCAAACUGCAACCGCAAGCACAUCGACGAGGUCAUCUACCCGCCACCCGUCGAGCCCAAGAAACUCAUCGACUCUCUCGAGUGGAUGGAUGACAGCAUCGUGCGGGACAUCACGCCGCGGCUCAUCGGCGACCGGCCCAACACGUACACCUACACCAAAGCCCUGGCGGAGUGCGUGGUGCAACAGGAGCAGGACAAGCUCAACAUUGCCAUCAUCAGACCCUCCAUAGUGGGGGCCAGCUGGCAGGAGCCUGUCCCUGGAUGGAUCGACAACUUCAACGGGCCGAGUGGAGUCUUUAUAGCUGCUGGAAAGGGGAUCCUGCGCACCAUGAGAGCUAACAACGACGCGGUGGCUGACCUGAUCCCCGUGGACAUGGUCAUCAACCUCACACUGGCUGCAGGCUGGUACACCGCUGUGCACAGAAGGAAAACAGAAAAACAGAAAAAUGAAAGACCUAAAUCAGCUCUGGUGUACAACUGCACCACUGGCGGCAUCAACCCGUUCCACUGGGGACAGAUCGAGCACCAUGUGAUGUCCUCCUUCAAGAGGAACCCUCUGGAGCAGGCUUUCCGCAGGCCCAACGCCAACAUCACCUCCAACUACCUGAUGAACCAGUACUGGAUCCUAGUCAGCCACAAGUUCCCCGCCCUCAUCUACGACUUUGUGCUGCGCCUUUCUGGACAGAAACCACAGAUGAUGCGCAUCUUCAACCGUCUGCACAAAGCCAUCGGCCUGCUGGAGUAUUUCAGCAGUCAGGACUGGGAGUGGAACUCGGAGAACAUGAGCAUGCUGAUGAGCCAGCUCACCCCAGAGGACAGGAGGACAUUUAACUUUGAUGUGCGCCAGCUGAACUGGCCCGAGUACAUCGAGAAUUACUGCAUUGGCACCAAGAAGUACGUCCUGAAUGAAGACAUGUCUGACAUUCCUGCUGCCAGGCAGCAUCUGAGGAAACUGAGGAACAUCCGCUACACCUUCAACACUGUGUUAGUGGUUUUCAUCUGGAGAGUUUUUAUCGCCCGCUCCCAGAUGGCCAGAAACAUCUGGUACUUUGUGGUCAGCCUCUGUUUCAAGUUCCUGUCUUACUUUCGCGCAUCCAGCACCAUAACCAACUGAGUCUUCUUCACUUCUUCAAGGCGGAGACGGCAGCCCUGGCCUUUAGCUGUCAGCAGGAUGCAACAUCUGAGACUCUGACCAUCCUUCAAGGACACUCUAAAUCCUCCUUUGUGUGUGGAUUAACUGGGGCUCUCGACAGGUGGGAGGCUGCAGUUGUAUGAAGCACUCUAGAGAGAGAUAAGAGGUCUACUUCCCAUGAAUAAUUUGUCUCGUUUGGAAAUCUAUCAUCAGUACCUGCACCGUUCACUCACCAGAAUCCAUCCUAAAAAGUAUUCAUCUUGUUCCUACAGUUUCCUUCCCAACGUGAACGCCAAUUAUAUAUGCAACAAUAAGCCGUUUGUGUGCCGUCCAUUUUCUUCUCCACAUCGUCAUUUCCAUCCACUUGAAUCUAUCUACAUUGCCUUGUUUUUAUUUGUUCAUACUUGAAAUAUGGCAGAGCUUCACUGGAGGAUGAUUUCUAUAAGAUUCGUUUGGUUCUCUGCAGUUUAACUGUGGGGAAAUCCAAUUCCUCCUUUUACUACGCAGCUGAUUUGGAUCUCUAUGUCUUACAUUACGUGUAUCAACUGCCUUUUUAAGAUUACACCUUAAAAACUAACUGGUUAUCUCAAGCAUCUAAAUUGAGACUAGUAUUACAUUUAAAUUCCAACUAAGGUACAAGACAACAGUAUCAUUAAAUAAACCCAAAAAUAUAAAUCUGACUCCAUUAUUUACUAUCAUCAUAUAGUGUUCAUAUGUCUUUCAACAUAAACCAUGUUUGUUUGAAUGCUCAUCUACUUUUUGCCUGUUUGUACAGCAGUUUGUACUGAAACUAAGUUUACUACUUUUACAUCUUUAUACUUGAGUCAAAGGCUAGUCUGAUAUAUGUGGUAGACCUUGGCAGUGUAAUAUAUAUAAAUAAGAGUACAUCAGAGUGGAGUUUAUUUGUUUCAAAUACUGUACAAUGUCCGUACAGGUGGAAACAUUUAAAUUAAGUUGUAGUAGUUGGAAAUGCCAAAUAAAAUUAUGAAAGUGAUGAUAUAGAAUAACCAAAAUGUAGAAGUCCAAUGAGUGGGUCCAGUCCAAUAUCAGUUAUUUACAUGUCCAAGAUUGUGGGUAUAAAUGGUUAAGGGACCAAGCUUGAAGCAGGCAACAUAGCGGAGUAGAGCGAGAUGGAGACCUAACCCCACGUUGUGCCUCCUGUAAAUUAGCUCUACUUUUGAGUCACAGCGGUAACCAUUAAUUUCUCUUUAAACUAAUUACAGAGUUGUUGAAAAACACUGGAUUUUUAAAUAAAAAAUCUGGGUUUUUAAAAUAAACAUUGCAGGGUAUUUGUUUAUUAGAGAAGUGUAGUCAUUUCUGAUCUGUGAUGAUUUCACAUGAGGCACAACCUGGAGCUGUACCUUAGGAAACCAAAUGUAUAUGCAAUGUUAAGGUAAAGAAACUUGACUGAGGAUUUAUUUUAGUUCUUGAGGCAGGCCUCUUGUUACUGAAGAGGUCAUUAGGUUUGUUAAAUAUAUCAGAGAAGGAUCAUACGUUCUGCCUCUUUAAACACAAAAAAGAAAAGCGAGAUAUGUUCUGCCUGACAGCUAGUGAACAGGACAGAGAAUGGAAGCAUUAUUAUGAGUUCUUGCUAUAUAGAGUUAAGUGUCAUCUGCAUAAGAGUUAGUAUUCAUGCUAAAUAAUCUGCCGAACAGAGGAAAAUUAUGAAAAGUAGUGGACUAAAUAUGGAGCCUUGAGGUAUGCCAUACCUACCCUGAUGUGGAGAUUGAAUACUAUUUUAAGCAAGACAAAUUGGGACCUAUUUGUUGGUCGGGACCUAAAUCACAAAAGUGCUAGGUUAUAAACAAAGGAUUUAAAAUCCCUCAUGGUAUUGAAUCAAUGACACACGUUUGCAAGACCUGUAAAUAGUUGAAGUUCAUUUUAUUCUUUUAGACUACCAAAAAUUGUAUUUGACUGUUGAUCUUUGCUUGGUGAGAGUUUUCACAGGAUUCCACCACAGAGCUUCCAAGGGAGUCUACCAAAAGUGUUAAAUGUGACAGGCAGGUCAGAUUUUUACUAAACAAAUGAGAGAACUGUGUAGUGUUGUAUGUGGCUUGACUCUUGACCGAAUACAAAUGCAUAACAGUUACGAGCCUAUAUGGGAGAAAAAGGGACACAACUUAAUAAAUGUUUAUGCAAA